UGCAUACAAUAGAAACCUAAAGAAAGAAAGGAAAAAAAUGGCCAAGUCUUUUUCUCUGUUCCCAACCGUUAUGAUAGUCAGCAUCUUCUUAAUCAUCUCUUCACCUCUGAUCCAAGCCGGCUUCACCGAUGACCUCAAGGGUCUAGAAUGGUCCUCGACGGGAGUCCAUGGCUCCUCAGGCUGCCACGGUUCAAUAGCAGAUUGUAUCGGAACAGAGGAAGAGGAGAUGGACUCAGAGAUCAACAGAAGAAUAUUGGCGACAACAAAGUACAUAAGCUAUCAAGCUUUGAAGCGGAACAGUGUCCCUUGUUCGAGAAGAGGGGCGUCUUAUUACAAUUGCCAGAACGGAGCUCAGGCUAAUCCUUAUAGUCGUGGUUGCAGUGCUAUUGCUCGUUGUAGGAGUUAGGUGUCAAGAACAAGUUCUUCUCUUCUUUAUGGUUUCUUAUAAUUUGUACGGUACUCAUAUAAGUUGGAUUUGGAUGUGAAUAAUCUUGGGUUGUUGUAUGAUCCAUUAAGUGUUUAGUUGUGCUAUAAGCUUUGAAUAUUCAUGUGUACUAUCUUGCACAAAUAAUAGUACAAGGCCUAUGUUUAUUUAAAACCAGGUUUGGUUUUA